AGGAGGCUGAGGAGGAUGCGUCUGAAAGGCAAGGCGCCUUCAGCAACCAUCUGUACAUGUAAAAACAUGGAUGAAUAGACAUGGCUGCUGAAGUGGGAAGGGAGAUGUAGCUUUGAGGAUGCCAUCCAUGCACGUUUCCCACUUGUUUCUCUUUCUCCUCUUUUCCUUCGUUGGACGGAGUGUGUGCAAAUCCAUCGCGGAGAAUGGAGCCCUCGAGGUGCAGGUGAGGGUUCAGGUGUUUGACGGAGGUGACCUGUCACCCCUGUCCAAAGCUGCCAUUGUUGUCCAUGGCAACCAGAGCGUGCUGGCCUCCAGGCAGGCAGAGAAUGACGAAGCAGUGGUCGUAAAUUUCCUGUACCGCACAGGCACAUGGGUCAUCAUCACAGCAUCUCACAAAGAUUAUGUCACCAGCUCAGUGCCCUGGCAUGCCAACAGAGUGCCCUUGUAUGCCUCUGUCAGCCUGUAUUUGUUGGCCCAACGACCAGGAACACUUAUCCUGUAUGAUGAUGUCAUCCAGGUGUUCCAUGGCUCUCCUGGUGGGCGAAGUCAGCCAUGGCUGCACAUUCCAAGGAGGAGCUUGCAGCUGAAUACCUCCUUCUCUGAGAUGACUACAGUUUUGACCACUGCCAGAGAUAUGAGUGAAAUCAAUGCCUUCCCCUACCUCCUGGCCUUGGAGCUCAACACCACAGGAGGAGAGAAUAGCUGGACUGAUCUGACAGCAGUAGCAGCGGUCAGUGCUCAGCUGUUUGACCGAGAGGGCCAUAUGGUUCAGGUUACCGAGUCCAUUCAUGUCUCUGUUCCUCUGCCCUCUGACUCACGUGUCCGCUCCCCAACCAGCAUACCGGUGUGGGUGUACGACACUAAAACAGGCCUGUGGCUGAGGAAUGGUACUGGCUACAUUAAGAGAGAUGGAACUCAUCUUACAUUGGACUUCAUGGCCUCACGACUUGGCUAUUGGAUAGCAGCCUUCCCUUCUACAUCAGGCCCAGGUUUGUCUCAUCCAAGCCUGAGGGACAUUACAGCCUACCAUACCCUCUUUCUGCUCUCCAUACUGGGAUCUCUGGCUCUCCUUGUACUGGUACUGCUCUGUGUCCUCCUCUACUACUGCAGACGGAGGUGUCUGAAGCCUCGGCGUCAGCAGAAGCAGGUCCAGGCCUCAUCUGCUCUUUGUGGCUCCAAAAGAGACCAGGGCACCUCAACCUCUCGUCUAAACCUUAUUUGUGGUGGCCAUGCUGAACCUGCUGCUUCCAAUGGUGAUCUUGAUGCCAGCAAAUCUGACACCUCACCCUCCCGUGAAUACAAGAGCGCAAGAGAAGAGCUCUCCAAACAUGUACCGGCACAUAAACUCCGGCAUUCAUCCAAGAAUAAACAAUCAAAAGGGGCCCACCGAGGGGUUGAAAGCUUCCCCAUGAAGGUACAUCGCUCCACAGAAACAAGCAGCCUUGACAGCACCCUUCUCCAUGAUGACUACGGGCGCAACUACAGCCCAGAUGACAAGGAUCAUGACUACCGUCGCAGACAUGUUGUCAAUGACAAUCGUGGGUACACAGCAGAUCCACCUUCUCCACCCAUUCCAGACAAGCCUCCUGAAUACUCACAGGUUUCCCAAGGCCCAGACCUCUUAGCUCGUCCAACGUCGCUGAACACACAACCUGGCCAGAUCAUAUUCUGCAGCUCUUUGGAUCAAAUGACUGAGAACAUGUACCGCAGCAUGGUUCCAACCUUGGUUAUCCCAGCACACUACAUGCGCCUGUCGUCUGAGUUCAAUGCCUCAGAAGCCGCAAAGGACAGCCAAGGCCAAGCUGAGAGGGAGAGCCAAGGAGGGGCAGGUAAUGGUGUCAGCAGUGGAAUCCAGAACCAAGGUCACCAAGGCCAGAGCCAGGGAUCAGGCCAGAUGCAAGCUCAGCCAGGGGUGGGGUCUCCAGCUGGCUCGGAUGAGAACAUGUGGGCAUCUGGAGGUCCAUCAGCACCAGUCCACAUCCCGGUCCUCUUUAAUGACUCCACCAUGGCACAGAUGAAUGGAGAGCUUCAAGCACUUACGGAGAAGAAGCUUAGAGAACUAGGCGUAAAGCAGCACCCUCGUGCCUGGUUCAUAUCACUCGACGGACGUGCCAAUGCCCACGUGCGCCACUCCUACAUUGAUGUCGGCUCUGAGCUAGGCCACAGUGGAGCAAACAGUAGCAACCACAGUGCUCAGAGCACCCUCAGCGCCCCCGCUGGCACCAGUAAGGAUUGCAGCCCAGAUACAAGCCUCCAAGAUACCCCACAUGAGCGCAAACAGAUCUCUGGACGUAAGAGUAAAGAAGAGCGGCAUGGGAGUGGACGUAAAGGGCAUGGAGGGAAUAGCGGCAGUAGCGGGAAGCAGUAUUCAAAGCUGCCUUACCAUGACCCUCUGGAUCUCAGUGGUGGUGUCGGCCGCAUGGGGGCAGGGUCACCACUGGAAAACCCACUGACUCCCCUCCUAGAUGACGGUCCUGAGGAACCACGAGGGUCAACGAUGCCAAGAAGGGGUCGCAGCCGGGGGAAUAGCUCACGUAGCAGCAACAGUGAGACCCAGCGUGACUCUGUCACCAGCCCAGAGGAUGAAAAUGACCCUGAUGACAAAGAUGAAAACAAGAAAAGCCCAUGGCAGCGUAUUGAGGAGCGACCACUCAUGGUGUUCCAUGCCAAGAAGUAAAAUAGUAGAAUAUAUAAAGACCAGGCCUCUACAAAAUAAACACAAGCACUGUGUUCAAAUUGGCAUUUGUUAACAAAGGUUUGCUUGAAUCACCAAACUGGUUAAAGUCAGAUUUCAGUGUCAGAAUCUUUUCAAUAUCCGAAUCUUUUCAAGCUGAACUUAAUCAAA